UAAAUAUAUACAUACACAUAUACGUACACAGACACAUGUUAGUAGUACCACAGAGCCAUUACAAAAUCUGUGGGUCAAUCGGUGUGUGUGUGUGUGUGUGUGGUUUUUUGUUUUGCAGCUCGUGAUUGAGAUUGAAAAGUUGAAAAAAAAAAAAAAAACCCAAUUGAAAAAGAAAUAAAGCAAGAUCGGUGGCAAGUGUUCUUUCCGUUGUCAAGUUUUGGGCUUUUUUAUGCACUUACAAUAAAGAUUGGAUUUUUUUUGUUUCUAAUACCAUUUUAGCCCAGAAGAUUUCUUGCAAUAAUUUCUCCUUACAACGAUUCUUGAAUUCUGAAUUGGGUCUCUCUCUCUCUCUCUCUCUCUCUCUCUCUCUCUCUCCUAAAAGGAAUGAAUGGUGUUGUUGAUCUUGAUUCAGAUGAGUCUGAUUUUGUAGAAGUUGAUCCAACUGGAAGAUAUGGAAGGUACGCUGAGAUUCUUGGAAAAGGGUCUUCAAAAACAGUUUAUAGAGCUUUCGAUGAGUAUGAAGGGAUAGAAGUAGCAUGGAACCAAGUAAAGCUUUUCGAUUUCUUACAAAGCCCCGAAGAUCUCGAGAGGCUUUACUGCGAAAUCCAUCUCCUCAAAACAUUGAAACACAGCAAUAUAAUGAAGUUCUGCACUUCUUGGGUCGACACCGCCAAUCGGAACAUCAACUUCAUCACCGAAUUGUUCACUUCCGGCACUCUCCGACAGUAUAGGCUGAAACAUAAGAAGGUGAACAUUAGAGCAAUAAAGCAUUGGUGCCGACAAAUUUUGCACGGCCUUCUUUACCUCCAUAGCCACGAUCCUCCCGUAAUUCAUAGAGACCUCAAAUGCGACAACAUCUUCAUCAACGGGAACCAAGGUGAAGUCAAAAUCGGCGACCUUGGACUCGCUGCAAUGCUUCGGAAAUCCCAUGCCGCUCGAUGUGUAGGAACACCGGAGUUCAUGGCUCCCGAAGUCUACGAAGAGGAAUAUAACGAAUUAGUUGACAUUUAUUCCUUCGGCAUGUGCAUUCUCGAAAUGGUAACUUUCGAGUAUCCGUAUAGUGAAUGCACCCACCCCGCCCAAAUUUACAAAAAAGUCGUCUCCGGGAAUAAACCGGAUGCUCUAUACAAAGUAAAAGAUCCGGAAGUUCGUAGAUUCGUCGAGAAAUGUUUGGCAACCGUCUCCGACAGGCUGUCGGCAUGGGAGCUUCUCAACGACCCUUUCCUCCAAAUCGAAGACUAUAUUCACGAUUUGAGGCCAUUGAGUUAUCAUCGGGACUACGAUGAAAUGGGCCCCAUGCUGAGUCAGCGUCUAUUGAGCAGUGCUCAUCAUAGCACGACGAGUUCUUUGGUCAACGGGUACAGCAAUUUCGUUGGCUAUUACGAACAAGAAAACGACUUGGAUUGCCGCUCGGUCGAAUACGAAGCGAACGAGAUCGAUUUGUUCACUUGCCACGAGGAGGACGAACACUUGGAAAACGUCGAUAUUACGAUUAAAGGGAGAAGAGGGGAAGAUGAUAAUAUCUUCUUGAGACUCAGAAUUGCAGAUAAGGAAGGUCCAGUUCGAAACAUUUAUUUUCCAUUCGACAUCGAAGCCGACACAGCUCUAAGCGUCGCGACCGAAAUGGUAGCCGAGUUGGAUAUCACAGACCAAGACGUGACCAAGAUCGCAGAAAUGAUCGACGGUGAGAUCGUGUCCUUGGUCCCCGAUUGGAGAAGUGGGGUCCACAUAGAAGAAAGCCCCACCCACAAGAACAGCGGCUGCUGUAACGAAUGCGGUUCGUCGGACGAUUUUCUCGAAGGCUAUUUGUCCUCGGAUAAGAAUCUGCAGGCGGCUCUUCAUCAGUGCUCGAAGAAUGGAUGUGGGACCACGCAUGGCCGUUUCGAGGAGAUUACGUAUCAAUUCGAAGGGUCCGAAAAGUGUGUCACUGAUGAUGAUGAUGUACAUUGUUGAAUGUUGAUGCAAUAGAUUUGACCCACAAAAAAAAUUAAAUAAAUAGAAAUUGUCAAAUACUGAUACUAGAGGCUUGUUCUUACAAGGUUGUGAGAGUUUGUCUGAAAUUUGCUGAUUUUUUUUUUUUUUUUUAUAGAUUUUUUCAUUUGGG